UUGUCACUUCCGCGUUCCUCACAUAGCAACAGCAGCAGAGCCAAAAUGGCGGCCGGUGGAGAUCCUGCGUGACACCGAGCCGAGUCUCAGCACCGAACCCUGCGGUUCCCCGUCGGCGCCAUGGCCUCCGCUCACGGGCGGCUGGGUCAGCACCUCCAGGCCGUGCUGGAUGUGGUUCUGCGGGUCCCGAGCAUCUUUAUAAUCGACGCCAUAUUCAACUCGUACUCGGAUCCCGGUACCGGAUGGACCGGAACCGCCGGGAGAGCGUUGAUCCGCGCGCUGGGUAUUCUGGUUUCCAGCGUGGUUCUGGUGCUGUCCCAGAAGUCCCUGUUCAAGUUCUACACCCUGUUCGCGGCCGUUCUGCUGGGCGCGGCCUCGGUCCUCGUCAACUACUACGGCACGUCUCACAUCGACCUGUACGGCGCGUUUAGCCGCGCGGCGCUGGGCUUGGGCCUGCUGCAGCUGAUGCUGGGACUGGGCUACGUCUCGCUGCUGAACGUGCCGCCGCUCUGCGCCGCGCUGCUGGUGCUGGACGUCCUGCUCCCGCUGUGGGGCCUGAUGCUGGAGCUCCCGCUGCACGUGCGCCAGGCGCUAGCGCUAGCGUCGGGGGUGGUUCUAGCGACGCACGCCACCGUCAAUCUGCUUCGGAAGCUGAAGUGGUUCUAUUACUCGUGCCGCUACGUCUAUCUACUCCUGCGCCACAUGUACCGCAUCUACGGCCUGCAGCUGCUGCUGGAGGACACCUGGAAGCGCAUACGCUUCCCUGACAUCCUCCGCGUCUUCUGGCUGACGCGCAUGACGGCGCAGGCGGUCAUCCUGGUGUACGUGGUGCGCGUGGUGCGCUCGGAGAGCGGCCUGCAGCUCGGCUGGGACUUGUUCUGGGACUUGACCAGCAACUUGAUCAUCAGCGGCUGCGAUUCCACGCUCACCGUGUUGGGGAUGAGCGCCGUGAUCUCGUCGCUGGCGCAUUACUUGGGACUGAGCAUCCUGGCGUUCAUCGGCUCGACCGAGGAGGAGGAUAAGCGGCUGGGGUUUGUCGCGCCGGUGCUGUUCUUCAUCCUCGCUUUGCAGACGGGGCUAAGCGGACUGGAUCCCGAAGAGCGACUGAUCCGGCUCAGCCGGAACAUGUGCCUUCUGUUAACCGCGAUUCUGCAUUUCAUCCACGGAAUGACGGAUCCGGUGCUCAUGUCGCUGAGCGCCUCGCACGUUUCGUCGGUGCGCAGACACGUUCCCGUCCUGCUGGUGUCGCUAGGCCUCUUCGCUCUCCCCGUCCUGCUCAGCUACGUUCUGUGGCAUCACUACGUGCUCAACACGUGGCUCUUCGCCGUCACCGCGUUCUGCGUCGAGCUGUGUCUCAAAGUCCUGGUUUCGCUCACCGUCUACGCGCUCUUUAUGAUCGACGGAUUCUACAACGUGCUCUGGGAGAAGCUGGACGACUACGUCUACUACGUGCGCUCCACUGGCAACGUCAUCGAGUUCGUCUUCGGCGUGAUCAUGUUCGGAAACGGCGCGUAUACGAUGAUGUUCGAGUCGGGGAGCAAGAUCCGCGCGUGCAUGAUGUGCCUACACGCGUACUUCAACAUCUACCUGCAGGCCAAGAACGGCUGGAAGACGUUCAUCAACCGCCGCACGGCCGUCAAGAAGAUCAACUCGCUGCCGGAGGUCAAAGGCGCGCAGCUGAGGGAGAUCGAGGACGUUUGCGCGAUCUGCUAUCAGGAGUUUGCGGCGUCCGCGCGCAUCACGCCGUGCCACCAUUACUUCCACGCGCUGUGUUUGCGCAAGUGGCUGUAUAUUCAAGACACGUGUCCCAUGUGCCACCAGCGCGUCUACAUCGAGGACGACGGACACGAGCGCACCGCCUUCUCGAACAACAACGGCUACGCCGCGCCGGGGCAGGAGAGGGCGGAGUUCGAGGGAGACGAGGGCGGGGUCGAUGUGGGUGGGGCCGCCGGGGGGGCGGAGCCUGAAAACGAGCUCCUCGAGGACAACGACAGCAUCGAGUACGACGAGGAGGAGUGGGGGACGCAACCGGGCGUGACGCUCGUGGAGGAGGAGUACAUCAACGACGACACGGACUCCAACUGAAUAUUUAAAUUAUAAACGAUUGCGAGAUCAGGGACGUUAUGCUUUUGUUUGUGUGCGUGUGUGUUCGUAUAAAAGGGCUGCUCUUGUGUUUUUCCAGAAAUGCUCUCGACCAUGUUUGACUGAGCGAUACGGAGUAGGGCCGCAAAACGGUUCAUCGCGAUUAAUCGGAUUCAGAAUCGAAGUUUGUGUAUGUGCAUGGUGUAUAUUUAUGCUUAUAUUAAUACACACGCAUGCAUGUGUAUAUGAAGUGAAAAUACGUUAGACUUGCAUAGAAGUAUAAAUAAUAUAUAUAUAUAUAAUAUAAAUUACAUGCAAGUAUAAAUACGCGCGUUUGUGUGCGUGUCUUUAUAUAUGCAUAAUAAUAAAUACACCCGGUACAUACAGUAUGUAAACGAGCUUUUAUAUUGAACUGAUUCGUGGCGAGGAAUGGUUUUGCGGCCCUAAUAAAGAGCGGCGUGCUACUGUAAUCGUAGUAUACCUCGAUAUGAUCACUACUGGUCUCUUGUGUGACCUCUCUUAUAAUUGUGUACAUUAUUGUACAUGUAAUAAAAGAAUGAUACACUGA